AGUGCGCACGUGCGCGCGGCGGGAGGGCGGAUGGCUGCGCUCGGCUGCUGCGGCGCGCUCCGCGCCCUGCCCUGCCGCUGGCGUCGGGCUGCGGCGCUCCGGGGCCUCUGCUCCAGGAGGGGCUACGCUGUGGGCCCCGGGCAGAAAACACCCACCUUUGGGUUCCUGUUUGACAUUGAUGGUGUGCUGGUUCGUGGUCACCAAGUGAUCCCCGCUGCUCAGGAAGCAUUCCGUAAGCUGGUGAACCCCGAGGGACAGUUGCAGGUACCUGUGGUUUUUGUCACAAAUGCUGGGAACAUCUUACAAGAUGGUAAAGCACAGGAGCUGUCAGCCUUGUUGGGGUUCAAGGUGGAUCCAGACCAAGUUAUUCUCUCUCACAGCCCCCUGAAGCUCUUCUCACAGUAUCAUGGGAAGCGGAUGGUAGUGUCUGGGCAGGGGCCCCUGGUGGAAAAUGCUCGAUUACUGGGCUUCCAGAACGUGGUGACCGUGGACGAGCUGCGAACGGCCUUCCCUGUGCUUGACAUGGUGGACCUGGAGCGGCGGCCGAAGACCACGCCCCUUCCGAGGACAGACUUCCCAGCCAUUGAAGGGGUGCUGCUCCUCGGGGAGCCAGUCCGCUGGGAGACAAACCUACAGCUGAUCAUGGAUGUCCUCCUCAGCAAUGGGAACCCGGGGACAGGCCUGGCGACGGCCCCCUACCCCCACCUCCCUGUCCUGGCCAGCAACAUGGAUCUCCUGUGGAUGGCUGAAGCCAAGAUGCCCAGGUUUGGCCAUGGCACCUUUCUGCUGUGCCUGGAAACCAUUUACCGGAAGGUGACAGGCAAAGAGCUUCGUUACGAGGCCCUGAUGGGCAAACCAAGCAUCAUCACAUACCAGUACGCGGAGGACAUGAUCAGGCAGCAGGUGGAGAGGCGGGGCUGGACUGCCCCCAUCCAGAAGCUCUAUGCAAUAGGUGACAACCCCAUGUCUGAUGUCUACGGUGCCAACCUAUUCCACCAGCACCUGCAGUCGGCAAAAAGUGAAGGGGCAGGAGAGCUCGGGCAGCAGCAGCCCUGUGCCACACGGAGCUGCACCCCCAUCCUGGUGUGCACAGGUGUGUACAGUCCCCAGGCCCCAGCAGCUGCGCCUCCCUUCCACGGACACCGAGACUUCGACUCAAGCCCGAGCCUCCUGGAGGCCUCCGACAUUGUCCGUGACGUGGAUGAGGCUGUGCAGCUGGUUUUCCGCAGGGAAGGCUGGACUGUGUAGCAGGGCGGGGCGAGGCUCUCCCGCAGCGGGGACACUGCCGGUCCCCUGGGAGAAGACGCUGAUUUCUCUCCCCUGCGGGGCAGUCGCACAGGACUAUGGCACUUUGUGGGCCACAUUUUGGGUAGAACUCAGGAUUUUCUGGGCUAGUUCCUGUCUGUCUCUCCUGGCAGUCAGGCCUCAGGCCAGACUCUGUACCUCUAUGCCUCAGUUUCCUCCUCGUGUCAGUAGGGACUUCUGAAGAAGGGUGGCAGUAAGAAAUGAUGUGUAAAUUCCUGCAGGGCCUUUGCCCACAUUGAAGGAGCUGCUGAUACCAGCACAGAAACACUCAGAUAUGACUUUUUAUGGCAUUUUAGAUUCUUGUCCAGGGACUUCUGGUCUUUUAAAAAAUAAUUAAAAUAAUCAUACUAAAUAUUCAUGAUGUUGUCUCU